AAAGAAAAUGUUUCCAUUGUUUAUCUCUAAUUAAGUGUCAAUAAUCAACAAUAUUUAAGGUUUAAUUAAACAAUCAAUGUUCAUUAUUAGAAUUUAACGAGAUGUUAAGUUUCCAUUGUUUCUUUUCCAUUGUCGCUUUUUGUCUUUUCUCUGAUUCUGCUCUCAUUUUAAUGCAACACCUUCUUCUCUUGUAAACACUUGGUGUUACUCUAAAUCUAUAGAGACAUUAAGACAUCAUUUUCUCAAUUGUUUGUACUUCAUUUUAAAUGGUUCUUAUUAAUAAUUAUUCUUUCAAUUGCUAUUUUUAGUUUUAAUUGCCAACAUUUCUGUCAAUUGAUAGACAUUGUGUUCAGUGUUUUCGAACCGUUUUCACCUUUUAAGUUACCCCACAACAUUACCCUAAAGCCUUGAACAGUACACAAGUGUGAGCUCAUUAUGAGUUCUUCUAAUAAAUCUCAACGGAAGGACAGAAUGAGGAUCAGAGCUUUCCCAACCGUAAUGGAUGAAAGGUUUGUCACGGACAUUUGGGCUACUCUGAAAAAUGCUAUCCAGGAGAUUCAGAAAAAGAACAACAGUGGACUUAGUUUUGAGGAAUUAUAUAGGAAUGCGUACACUAUGGUCCUUCAUAAAUACGGCGAAAAGUUGUACAAUGGAUUGAGACAAGUUGUUCAAGAUCAUCUUGACAAUAAGGUCCGUCAAGAUGUUCUUGCCUCAAUUAAUAACAAUUUUUUAAAAACAUUGAAUCAAGCUUGGAAUGACCACCAGACUAGUAUGGUCAUGAUUAGAGAUAUUCUUAUGUAUAUGGAUCGAGUCUACAUUACCCCAAAUAGAGUUGACAGUGUUUAUAACUUGGGUCUUAAUCUAUUUCGUGACCAUGUAGUUCGUUAUGGAUCAAUACGAGAUAAUUUGAAAGAGACACUUUUAGAUAUGGUCAUGAGAGAAAGAAGAGGAGAAGUUAUUGUCAGAUCUGCUGUUCGAAAUGCAUGUCAAAUGCUCAUCAACCUUGGUAUCGAUUCUCGAAGUGUCUAUGAAGAAGACUUUGAAAGACCAUUUCUUGCUCAAUCGGCCGAGUUUUAUCAACUUGAGAGUCAGAAGUUUCUAGAGGAAAACAGUGCAUCAGUUUACAUAAGGAAAGUCGAACAGAGAAUAAACGAAGAAGCUGAACGAGCUAAACAUUAUCUCGAUGAAUCUACGGAAGCUCAAAUUGUUGCCGUUGUUGAAGAAGAGCUGAUCUCCAAACACAUGAAGACCAUUGUGGAGAUGGAGAAUUCAGGGGUUGUACAUAUGUUAAAAAACCAGAAGACACAAGAUCUUGCUUGUAUGUAUAGUUUACUUCGCCGUGUUAAUGGUGGUCUCCAAGCGAUUCUUGCCUGUGUCAGUCAAUACUUGAUAGAAGAAGGUAAAAAAUUAGUCAUGGAAGAUGAAGGAGGAAAAACUGAUGCUAUCACCUUUGUCCAGUCAUUAUUGGAACUUAAAGAUCGAUUUGAUACAUUUUUAGUUGGGUCAUUCAGCUCGGAUAAAGAAUUUUCAAAAAUGAUAGCUAAAGACUUUGAAUAUUUUCUCAAUUUAAAUCCUAAAUCACCUGAAUAUUUAUCUUUAUUUAUUGAUGACAAACUUAAAAAAGGUGUUAAAGGUAUGUCGGAACAAGACAUUGAACAGGUUCUUGACAAAACUAUGGUGCUGUUCCGUUAUCUCCAAGAAAAGGAUGUUUUUGAAAGAUAUUAUAAGCAACAUCUCGCUAAACGGCUUUUGCUGAACAAAAGUGUCUCCGAUGAUUCUGAAAAGAAUAUGAUUUCCAAGUUGAAAACCGAAUGUGGCUGUCAGUUCACAUCUAAGUUGGAAGGAAUGUUCAGAGAUAUAACUGUGUCCACCACUAUGAUGGAAGAAUUUAAAACACAUGUACAAAGUUCUAGGGUUAACUUAUUUGGUGUAGAUUUGAAUGUUCGAAUCUUAACAACAGGUUUCUGGCCUACACAAUCAACACCUUCUAAAUGCAACAUUCCUCUCGCUCCGAGAAAUGCAUUUGAAGCUUUUAAACGCUUCUAUUUAGCUAAACACAGUGGAAGACAACUAACACUGCAGCCACAAUUAGGGUGGGCUGAUUUAAAUGCCACUUUUUAUGGACCCAAAAAGGAAGAUUCUAGUGAGAACAGUUUCAUUGGACAACCGACUUCGGUCAGUACAACUUGUAACUUCUAUGGAAUUAAUUCGGACCAAUUAGACCCGGGAUCGAGUAAUGCUGUCAGUACCUCAUCUUCUAUUGUCAAUGCGCCCCUACCACAAUCUACUAAAUUAUCGGUACCAAGAAAACAUAUUAUUCAAGUAUCAACUCAACAAAUGUGCAUCCUGAUGCUAUUCAAUAACAGAGAUAGACUAACAUGUGAAGAAAUCGCCAACGAAACUGAUAUACCUCUCAAAGAUUUAACUAGAGCAUUACAAUCUUUAGCCAUGGGUAAACCAGCUCAGCGUAUUUUAAUCAAGAAUCCUAAGACCAAGGAGAUAGAACCAAAUCAUGUAUUCUGUGUAAACGACUCUUUUACAUCUAAAUUACAUCGAGUGAAAAUCCAAGCUGUAACGGCUAAAGGUGAAUCGGAACCGGAAAGAAAAGAAACCCGAAGUAAAGUUGAUGAAGAUAGAAAGCACGAAAUCGAAGCCGCUAUUGUUAGGAUUAUGAAAGCGCGUAAGCGUAUCAAUCAUGCUAAUUUAGUUUCAGAGGUUACUGAGCAACUCAAAUCUCGAUUUAUGCCCAGUCCUGUGAUUAUCAAGAAAAGAAUCGAAGGUCUAAUAGACAGAGAAUAUUUAGCGAGAACUCCUGAAGAUCGGAAAGUGUACACUUAUGUUGCUUAGGGGUCCCUCCGUCAUCAGGCUUCACGAUAUACUCACUUAUAUAAUUUAUGGUACUUUAUCCGCACAUUUUCCACAUCAUCAAUUCCGUUGGUUCAAUGAUAUUUAUUAUUGCCUUUGCGAAAAUCAUCUUUAUAAUAAUUGCGAACCCUUCACCUCAAAUCGAACCUUAGACCUGACGAUUGAUUGCAAUACAUGAUUUAGAUGAAGGUAAAUUGAGAAUUGAAACUAUCGACUAACUUGCGCCAAUAAUGGGAGGUUUCUUGACCAUAAUGACCAGAUAUUCCUUCAACAUCUUAAUUAUUAACAUGGCUGUUCAUCUCAAAUAAUCACUCGUUUUGAGCACUUAUUUAAGCCUUUUUGGAACUUAUUUUGAUUUCGAAGUGAAUAUGCUCAACUCAUAAAUUUAAUUAAAUGCAUUUGGUUUACACAUUUUGAGUCUUCUGAAAAGUUUUUGUGCAUCUUUCUUGUAUAUGGACAAGUUUCAAUGGAGGAAAACAGUUCAGACUAACCGUUAAUUCAAUGACUAUGAAGUUCUUGGUGAAUUCUAUUACAGAUCUUUCUUCUUUUGGCUUGAUGCUAUGGAUCAAUUUUAAUCGAUAAGCAAAUUAUUCAGCGAGGAAAAAGACUCGUACAAGAGCUUCCAUGAAAUUAGACCAAGAAGAAAACACUUUGCUCGAAGGUUGCAGAUGGAGUCACGUUAUUGGAAAGUCAUCAGUUAAUUUAUAUAUGGAACUAAUUAUUAAUAAAUGCACUCGCCCUUUUGUACUUAAGGAAUUUUUCGGCUUUCAAGUCAUGAAAAUUCAUUUUCUCUUUCAUCCUUUUCCUCUCGUCUCCAUGAUUCUUGAUACGCUCUCGUUUAAAGUAAUCAAAAGGUCCAGUUUCUUCAUAAUUGCAAAUCAAUGACAGACUCUUGUAAAUAAAUAAUUGAAACCAAUCCAAGUCCAAUUCAAAUUAAGCUUUACAUUGAUUUCUGAGGUAUUUUGAUUGAUGUUGUAGUAUUUAAUUAAAGUUCAAUCGAUCUGCUUUUUGUUUUCAACCAAUACAAUCAUGUAAAUCAUCAAAAAUCAAUCGAAAUCAACAAUAAUCAUCUUCUUCUUAUAUUUGUAAAUCAUUUUAUGAUAAAUUCAACUUAUUUUGUUUAAUAAAAUUAAUUCAAAUCCUUCAACAAGUUAAUUUGAUUUCUCGAAUCCGGUUGAUGAAACCAGUUAAUUAAUUUCUAGUUGCCAAAACACUCGACAUGAAGCGCAACUGUGCCUUCACUUUUGCUUUUGAAAAAAGCGCAACCGAACAUGAGAAACAUUUAAAGUCUUUCAUUGGUUCUCGUUCUGUUAUUUAUUUGGUUUAAUUUCUAGGAGAAGGUCAGAGCAAGUGAAACUGUAAAUCGUACGUUUGACUGACCACAAAUUUCAAGUGAAUAUUUUUGAUCAACAUUCCAAUAUAAUGGACCCAAACUGCCAUGAGAAGUUAAAUGCCAGUGACUGUGCCGAUUCAAGUGAUGCAAAAACCACCGAGGAAAAGAUCUGUGAUUCUGGUUUGGAUGAUCGUUUGAAGGAAAACACACCACCCAAGCCUGUGGAGUCCUGUGGUUCAGGACAUGUUGUAAAAGUCAAAAGGUCUUCAGUUCCUGAUAGAAUAGACGAAGUGACGAGAAAUAAACUCAAAUCCAUUUUGAAUUCGUGUAUUGCUGAAGGAAUUGCGAAGAUGAGUGACCCUUCUGAUAAAGCCCAAGGUAUUCAACUGAUUGUGCAAAGCUUUGAUGCUCGUCUUAAACAGAAUACCAAACCGAAUAUUAAACCUGCGGAUGUUCCCGAAGAUGAACUCACUCUGAGUCAAUGUUUGACUGAAAUCAAUAGAUUGGAUCCUGACACAUUGUCGUCAGGUGCUCAGAGUGUUGCCUUGCCGCUUAACGACUCCAAUCCAGUUGACGCUUCUUCUAGCGGUACUGAUACCUUGUGUACUGGAAGCGACGAAAUAAACAAUCGCACCUCAAGAGAGGAUAAUGAUUCCGAUAAACCUCGUCCAGUCGAAAUCAAAUCAGAAUUUGUUGACCAGUCAAAUGAAUUGGACAAGGUGGAUUCUUCCAAUGCUCCUGUGACCCAUGACGUAAUUGAAGACGAAAGAUCUAACCAUAGCCCAGUUGUGACCCCAAGAAGAAAAACAAGUCGACCUUGUGGAAGUGCCAAACGAUCUAAAUUAAAUACGGUUGACUUUUUAAAGUCAAAUCGUAAAAUCACAGAUUAUUUUUCUAAAUCAAAAGAUGGGACGCCGAUCUUUGCGAGUAAAACAGAAAACACUGAAUCGGCCUUUAUUCUGCCUGCUCUCAAAGGUGACCCUAAUUUCUGUAUAUUUUGUGAGAAAAAUUUCGGGUCCAGUUAUCUAAAAACUCACUUGACGGAGCAACAUGGGAUCGACAAAGAAUCUAUUAGCUGUCGCCCAAUUAAGAAGGAGAAUCCCAACUAAAUUACUUACGAUUGACACGGGCCAAACCUUAAUACCUUAAUAGUCUUUAUUGAUUGUUUCCUCUUUCAAAACGUGCAUGUAUUUUGCUUUUUUUAUUUUGUAUAAUUUUCUUAUAUUUUUGUAUUUCUCUUGCGAGAAUGACCACCAAGUUGACCCUCAGAAAUAGAGUCACUUUGCCCAUUAAAAUGAUGCGUUUCUCAGCUCAAAAA